AGAAGAAGAGCAGUUGCAUUACGCAUGCGUACACCACGUACACCGAUGAUCAGGCUGCUGCUAGCAUAGAUGCUAGUGGCUAACGCUCUGUCAACUUGCUCACACUGGGUUUGAAGGGGCGAGCGUAGCGGCGGAGAAGAAGGGCGACUCAAGCGCCGCUACGAAAUGGCCGGUCAACAGUUUCAGUACGAUGACAGCGGCAAUACAUUUUUCUAUUUCCUCACGUCGUUUGUUGGACUUAUUGUGAUCCCCGCCACAUACUACCUCUGGCCCCGGGAUCAGAAUGCUGAACAACUUCGCCUCAAAAGCCUGCGGAGGGUCCAUGGCAGGUGUUUGUGGUAUCGGCUGAGGCUUAUGAAGUCCCAGCAAAGUAUUAUUCCAACAUUAAAGAAAGCUGCCUUGUUAUUUGGAUGGGUGGUGUUCUUACUACUAGCUUAUAAGGUAUCCAAGCUGGACCGAGAAUACCAGGAGUAUAAUCCUUAUGAAGUCCUUAACUUGGAUCCGGAAGCCUCUUUGUCAGAAAUCAAGAAACAAUACCGUGUAUUGUCUCUCAAAUACCACCCUGACAGAGGAGGUGAUGGGACGACGUUCAUGAGGAUUGCCAAAGCUUAUGCUGCUUUAACCAAUGAACAAUCACGUCUAAACUGGAUAAACUUUGGUAAUCCAGAUGGUCCAGUAGCAACCAGCUUUGGUAUUGCACUGCCAGCCUGGAUUGUAGACCAGAAAAACUCAAUGCUGGUCCUUUUAGUGUAUGGAUUGGCUUUUAUGGUCAUCCUUCCUGUUGUUGUGGGGACAUGGUGGUACCGUUCCAUACGCUACAGUGGAGACCAGAUUCUUAUCAACACUACCCAGCUUUUUAUGCAUUUUAUGUACAAAACACCCAACAUGAACAUGAAACGUUUAAUCAUGGUGUUAACGGCUGCACUUGAGUAUGACCCCCGGAGCAAUAAAGAAGCUACCAUACGACCAACAGACAACAUUGUAGUGCCACAGCUCAUCCGUGAAUUAGGAAAUAUCAAUGUGAAGAAGAAGGAGCCUCCUUUCUGCUAUCCUUACAGUUUGAAGGCCAGGGUCUUAGUUCUGGCUCAUUUAGCACGAAUGGAUGUUUCUGAAGAGCUAGAGGAAGAUCAGAGGUUUGUGACGAGGAAGAGCCCUGCUCUUCUUCAGGAGAUGAUCAAUGUGGGUUGUCAACUUACUAUGAUGGCUAACAGCAGAGGAGGUUUUCAUGCUCCCCGGCUGGUGACCAUAGAGAAUUGUAUGAAGCUGACCCAGAUGAUAGUGCAAGGUCUGCAGGAGUCCAAGUCUCCUCUGCUGCAGUUGCCCCACUUUGAGGAGGAGCAUCUACGCUUCUGCAUCUCAAAGAAGUAUAAAGUGAGAACUCUCCAGGACCUGGUGAGCCUUAAGGAUUCUGACAGGCGCAAUAUGCUGCGCUUUUUAGGGGAGGAGAAGUACGAUGAGGUGAUGGCAGUGCUCGGUAGCUUCCCUCACAUCACCAUGGACACUAAACUGCAGGUUCUUGAUGAUGAGGACAGUAAUAACAUCACAGCAGGCUCCAUUGUCACAGUUACAGUGACACUGACAAGAAAACGGAUGGUGGAGGUAUUUGAAAAGGAGCAGGAGUCCACACCAUGUCCAGGAGAAGAGACAGCCAAUACAGAGGAAGCGCAGGGAGAUGCAAAUAAAGUCAAAACAAAAGUCUGGCAAAACAAGAAUAAAGGGGCUAAAAAGAUGGCUAAGUCCAAGAAGAAGAAAUUAACCAAGAAGAAAGCCACUCCAGCCGCAUCCAAAACAAAACAGGCCAAUGGCAACGUCGCAGGGAACGAAGUGGCAGCAGGGGCCUCAGCAGCAGCAGCAGCGAAGGAAGAGGAGGAUGAGGCUUCAGACAGAGGCAGUGAGUCUGAUGAAGGUGAAGCCAAUAAAGACUCCCCCAGUGAAAGAGAGGAAGACAGUGACAAACAGAGCGACACAGAGGCAGAUGAGAUGGCAGGAGAUGAUGAAGAGGAGUGGGAGGCACUACAACAGAGCAUCCAGCGGCGAGAGCGCGCUCUGCUGGAGACUAAGUCAAAGGUGACUCACCCAGUUUACAGCCUGUACUUCCCAGAGGAGAAGCAGGAGUGGUGGUGGCUCUACAUCGCAGACCGCAAAGACCAGACCCUGGUGUCCAUGCCCUUCCAUGUGUGCACAUUAAAGGACACAGAAGAAGUGGAGCUAAAGUUUCCAGCCCCAUCCAAAACAGGCAACUACCAAUAUUCUGUCAUCCUGCGGUCUGAUUCCUACAUGGGCCUGGAUCUGAUCAAACCACUGAAGCUGGAAGUACAUGAGGCCAGGGCAAUCCUAGAUCACCCCCAGUGGGACAUCCCAGACACAGAAGACGAAGACGAGGAGCCUGAAGAGAGUGACGGCAUCGAGGAUAGUGAGGAAGAGGAGGAGGACAAUGACUGAGUCUCAUCAGAGCGUCCUGGGACAGUCACACAGAGCACUCUUCCUCCAUCAUUUUACAGAAAUAUGAACUGUUCCCACAUCCCUUUUCUACAAUGACUUUUUCACUCCCAGUCUGUCGCUGGUGGAAAAUAAUUCUGUGAAUACUACCAGGCCCUUGUAUGAGUGAUUUUGAGUGUGUGUGUUAGUGAACUUGUAUUUGUAUGAAAGAGUGACACACUGUGGACUGGAGGACCUAUUAUUACUGCUCUUCUCUAUAGAGGGAAGAGGGGGAUGUAUUACAGUUAAUUGUGAUUGCAAAAAAUAACAAAGACCCACCACCUCUAUGUGUAAAAUUUAUCUGGCUCUGAAAUUGAAAUCUCUGCACCAAUGUUUUCCACACCAAUGAUGCUUACUGUAAAUGGAACGGCAGAAGUCCAGCUUUAGCCUUGUUUGUCAGGGAUCACAACUGACAUUUGAGGUUUGCUUUUUUAAUAUAUAUUUUUGUUGUGUCGCCAACCAAUCACUUUUCUACCACUGACUUCACUACCAAGACGUAACAGACACAAGCAAGCUUCCAGUCAGACAUUUUCACCCCAUUUCAUUCAUGCCCUUAUGUAUGUUUGUUUUUUCAUUUUAAUAAUGGUGAUUUUCCCUACACUGGUCAUAAAAAUGUGUCAGGGUUGGUUGUCAGAUUUUUCUUAUAAUGGUUUUAGAUACUGAUGCAUAACAUGUAUACUAUAAAGGUACAAACAUAAUUCAACUGUAGCACAUUCCAAUUAUACUGUCCGAAAAGGCCUUAUAAAUAUGACACAUGUUUAGUACAUAAAAUGGUUCAACAGUACUUUAUUUUAGUUUCAAAAACAUUUCAAGAUACAUAUCAUUAGUCAGUCACAACCAAUAAGUGAAUAAGGGAGCUUUUAUCACAGAAAUUCAAACUAUGGGAACAGUCAGCACUACUUCACGGAGAAUGUGCAACUAGUAUGUCAACUGACACAUCAAUACUGCAUUUUGUUAAUUUAUUUUUGGAGAUUGUUAUAACAUAAUACAUGUUUUGUUAUCUUACCAACUUGGUUUUCACCUAUUCAGAGCUUCUGUGCAUUGUUCUGUAAAGCCAUCGCUGCAUAUGGCACAUUUGACAGUUCAUUGUUAGGUUUGAUUUUUCACUCAACAUAGGUUAAUCGUGUGAUAUAGCCCUCCUCUGCCUGUGUGGAGAGGUCUAUAGAAAGGGAAAAUGCUUCUCUACAUUACAGAUACAGUGAUGACGGUCAGGACAGGUAACAUUUUACUCUAAGUAUUUAGCGCUCUGCAGUAGAAUGUAGCAUCAGUGACUGCGCUGUGUGGAAAAACUGCAGUGAGAUUAUUACAGUAUGAUGCCACCAGAACCCAACACGCCUCUAUGUCCAGACUGGACAAAAACC